AUUCUACAUGAUGAAGCUACAAGUGGUUGUGGCUGCCGUGACCUCGCUGGUCUCGUCGGUUGCUGCUUCCUCGCUGAACCCACCAGUCUUGCCAUUAAUCGUCAGGAACCCGUACCUUUCGACCUGGCUGGGCAACGCGAGAGACAAGCCAUGGACCAAGUGGCCCAUGUUCUAUACUGGCGAAGAGAUAGGCUUCUCCAUCUUGGCCAGUGUACCUGAGACCAAACAUGCCUAUCCUCUGCUCGGUCGUCCUCAGGACUCGUUGGACGAGAACGACCACACUUACAACAUCUCUUACCCCGUCUACAAGGGCGCACAAUACGAUGCAUCCGUUACCAACUUGACGUACCAGAUUCCUUCGCUGAACUCGACCUCCGAGCACGUCGAAAUCGUCCUGUCCUUCUUGUCUCCCGUGACACCCUCGUCUACUCUCCGCCAGUCCAUCCCAGCCUCGUAUCUCAGUAUUCAUGCCACUGGAAGCUUUGACGUCGACAUAUACAUCGAUCUCAACGGUCAGUGGGUUAGCNNGGGAGACAGAGGUGCUGAAAUAGUCUGGGAGCUGGAGAAUGCCGAGACGGAGAAACUCAAGAGCUGGGUUGUCAAGAGAAAGGAGGAGCUCCUAUUCACCGAAUGGAGUGAUCGCGCCGAGUGGGGAAGCCUGAUAUUUACUGGCCCUUCCAGUGGAACAUCGGGAAUCUUGAGAAACCGCUUCUCUCGUACGGGAACGCUCCAGAACGAGAACGACAACCACUUCAGGAGUAUCAUGCGAGACGAGCCCGUUUUUGCCUUCUCCAAAUCCUUUAAUCUCGCUCCCAACACGACCAGCCAUAAGAAGACUUCAUCCGAUAGCGUUCUCUUCACCAUUGCCCACAUACAGGACCCCGUCACCCAGUAUGCCUCUGCACGUGGCUUGACUUUCAUGCGCCCGCUUUGGAAGACUUGGUUCCCGACCGAUGACAAGCUAACUUCGUUCCACUACUUGGACUUCAAAAUUGCUCAGAAGCUCGCACAGAACUACUCAGACCAGCUCGCCAUUGACGCAUAUCAAUCUGGCUCCGACUCGUAUGUCGACAUUGUUGCUCUUUCAGCUCGUCAAACCAUGGGGGCUACUAGUUUCUCAGGCACCCAGGAGAACCCUCUGCUCUUCCUCAAGGAAAUCUCCUCCAACGGAAACAGCCAGACUGUCGAUGUCAUCUUCCCAGCCUUCCCUUUCUUCCUCUACACUCAACCUCGAUGGUUGGCAUACCUUCUCGAGCCUCUAAUCGAGCACAUGCUUUCUGGCCAAUAUCCGAACGAUUACAGCAUGCACGAUCUGGGUACACACUUCCCCAACUUGACAGGCCAUGCUGAUGGCAAGGAUGAAUACAUGCCUGUCGAAGAGUGUGGAGAUAUGCUGAUCAUGGGACUCGCUCUGGUCAACUCGUUGACCUAUGACUCUGGACACGAAGCUCAGUCGAUCUGGUCUGCGCUCGGUGGUGACCACACUCCCCAACCUAACGAGGCCAGUCCGUUUGCUUUGGGCACCAUGCAAAGCCGGGAUGAGAUUGUUGGUCUCGAUGACAGUUGGGGUGGUUCGACCCAAGGAGUCAAACAGGCACGAAAGUGGCUCGACAAAUCAUACGGCUUGUGGAAGCAGUGGACUUCGUAUCUUGUCGAAUACAGUCUAGAGCCUGAAAAUCAGUUGUCAACCGAUGACUUUGCUGGAUGGUUGGCUCUCCAUACCAACCUGGCUCUGAAGGGUAUUGUCGGCAUCCGGGCCAUGAGCGAGCUGGCUACCGUCAUGGACAAGAAAGACGACGCAAAGCACUUCCGUAACAUUUCGGAUACAUACAUCAAACGCUGGGAGGAGCUCGCCAUCUCUCGUGACGGCACUCAUGCAAAGCUCGCAUACGACUGGUACGGCAGUUGGACCACGUUGUACUCGCUCUAUGCCGACGCACUGCUUUGCUUCCAUCCUUCAACAACAAAUGGUAGCAACGCUCAGUCUGUCAACGAAUAUGCUCAAGUCUCAGGCGGCAAGCAAGAGCCCAUCCUCGAGCCACCAACCCAUGACUUCAUCCCCAACCACAUCUACAAGAUGCAAUCAGACUGGUACGCCGCAGUGAUGCAGAAAUACGGACUNCCCCUAGACUCUCGCCAUCUCUACACCAAAUCCGACUGGGAGUUCCAAGCCGCGGCCGUCGCUUCCCGCAAAACGCGAACAGAGAUCUUAGACAGGGUUUCCAGGUGGCUGAAUGAGACUGUUACUGAUAGACCCUUCACCGAUCUGUAUGACACAGAGGGUGAAGGUGGGUUCCCUGGCCCUAACUUUUUCGCUAGACCGGUCAUUGGUAGUCACUUUGCGUUUUUGACGUUGGAGAGGGCUUGCGGUGGUACCGCUAUGCAGGGAUUGAGUUUCUUGGAUGAGGAG